UAAUGCAGAUGGUAAAAAAGGGGAAGUGAUGGCAAAUGUUUGAGGUCAAUACAAGUGUGAACAAAUUCUAUCGGAUAGAAAAUGGGAAAUGCUCUAAGACACGAGUGAGAAAAAAACGGGAACACUGGAGUAUACUUUUUUUUUGCUCAAUACUGAAAUACAAUAUCUGUAAUUUAAUUAACGUGGUGAAGCGGUUAAAUUGUUACUUUCAGACCAAUUUGACUUUAGUAGUUUGGUGAACGUUGGACGAUUUGGAAGAUAGUUCCAGAAAAAGUGCUUUUCCACCUCCUUUUUUGCCAUUCAGUGGAAGUUAUGGUGAGAGGAUAGAGAGUGUUAGUGCAAUUAAGGUUUUAGGAGAGCAAUUUUCCUAGCAUUUAAUAGCCAAAAAAAGAAAAGAAGUGUUCUGUGAAAGUGAAAAUUUACGAAUUUUUGCAGAGAGAGAGAGUUUCUCGUGGAAACUUUUCUUAGAGAUCUCCAUCCAGAUGAUUACUCACAUCUAAUUAUCAUAAAUUCAAUAUACAAGUGAUGUAAUUGACGUUGGAGAUGAUAGUUUUCUAGAACGACACAGUUUCAGCAAAAAAAAUAAAUAAAUAAAAAAUAAAAAGUUAGGAAAAUGUUCUUUCGAUACAGAAGUUUCUUGUGGAUUCUGUGGAGUGUUUAUGUUUACGGGAAGGACAUUGAAUUGUCCUCCUAUCCACUAUGUGCUUUCAAUCCUCUGUGCACCUGUUCAAAAGGAAUUCCCGAUUUGGGAAUUGUUCAGUGCAAAAAUGUAGCCUUUCCCGCCAUUCCACGGAUGAUAAAUACUUCCAAAGUCUUUAUGCUUCACAUGGAAAAUAAUGAAUUGCAACGCCUUGAGCCGUAUUUCUUUCAGGCAACUGGCCUCUAUGGACUAUCUAUAUCGUCGAAUCCUAUUUCUGAGAUCCCUGAUGAUGCAUUUACGGGCUUGGAGAGGUCUCUGUGGGAACUUCACUUGACCAACAACCAUUUGGUCGAUGUGCCAACAAGGGCCAUUCGACACCUCCAGAAGCUCAGAACACUCGACUUGAGUCUGAAUCAAAUAUCCUAUAUCGACCAUGAAUCAUGGAGAGGUUUGGAGGAUUCACUCGAGCAGCUAAUCCUCUCGGAGAAUUCACUCUCAUUCCUCCCAGUUGACAGCUUUUCAGGAUUACCUUUUCUGCAAACUCUAGAUCUCAGUGGAAAUAAUUUGAGAGACAUCGAUGGUAGUGUAUUUCGCGAUGGAAUGGACAAGCUGUCGAGAGUAAUUCUAUCCAACAACCUCCUCACCCGAAUACCCUACGGACAGGUUUCCGCCCUACGUUCCCUGAAGCUCUUGGAUUUAUCUCACAAUCGAAUACCGACGAUGAACUUGGCAGACAAUGAGUACAAUCCUGGCAUAAGACUCUCUCUAGAUGUUCUACAUUUGGAAUAUAACAACUUGGAAAUCCUUCAAACGGGUUCCUUUCAAUUCUUCGAUGUCGUAAAUCAGACAUUUCUCGAUGGGAAUCCCAUGAAGUUUAUCAAUGAUGAUGCCUUUAGGCAAGCUAAAAUCAGAGAAUUGUACCUCAGACAUUGCAAUUUAGACUUCAUUUCACCAAGUGCAUUUGGAGGACUUGAAAAUACCCUUCAAGUCUUGGACAUGUCUGGAAAUAAUUUAACAUCCAUCCCGGAAAUACUGUUUCAACAACUUUUCUCACUCAAGUCCCUGGGUUUACGAGAGAAUCGCAUAAAGAGCAUAAUUCCUAUAGAAAUGUUCAAUGGCUUCCAAUCCACCCUUCUCAAAUUAGAUUUAAGUGGCGACACGAAUGCUAUAACGAGCUUUCAAGACUUGAAGAGAAUGAGAAAUCUUCGAUCUUUGGCAGUAUCGAAGUUGCCAAAGACGAAUUUGGGUCCUGAAGAUUUUUUCGAUUUUGGUGUUGAAUUGGAAAAUUUGAAAAUAUCCGGAGGGAAUCUCAAGAGCGUAAAAUCGAAUACAUUCCGUCAUAUUCGAGGAAUUAGAAGAUUAGACCUAAGCGAUAAUGCAAUUUCUACUCUGGAAACUGAUGCAUUUCUCGAGAUUGGACAUGCACUCCAAUCCCUCAAAAUGUCCCAUUCUUUUGCAUCAUCAUUCACAACUCUGCCCCGGGAUGUACUGAAGUAUUUAACAUCGCUGAGGGAAUUGGAUAUUAGCAAUAACAAAUUGAAAUCCAUCAGUGAUACAACUUUUCAUUUCCUGCGCAAUUUACAGUACCUGAAUGUGCAGGACAAUCAAAUAGAGCAAAUUGUAAAAGGAACAUUUCAGGGAGAUAUCCAUUCAAACUUGGAAACAAUUCUAAUGGGCUACAAUAGUAUCAAAUACAUUCCGCAGCAUUCCUUUGUUGAUCUUGAAAAUGUCAGAAAUAUCAUCCUGUCCGACAAUCAAAUUGAGAAGAUAGAAAGACGUGCUUUUAUGAAUCUGCAUCAGCUUCGUGUUCUGAAUCUGAGAGGCAACAAGCUCACAAGCAUUUCAGAUGAAGCUUUUCAGAAUCUUCCUGAAACUGAAAUAAUUGAUUUAGCGUACAAUUCGCUAAAUUACUUUGACUUUGAGUUCUUUGACCAAGUUGGAACGCUAUCCACACUCAAAGUGAAUGUGAGUCACAACAAAAUUAACUAUCUCUUCGAUAAUAAGACGUUCUUCAGUCCGGGAAGGGAAUAUGGUUCUCAAUAUCAUUCCAAUAUAAAAGUAUUGGAUUUAUCGGGAAAUAACAUCACUGACAUCAACGGAGGAUACUUCCGGCCGGUUGAAAUUAGUCUUACGCAUUUGUACCUCAACAAGAAUAAUCUAAUGAACACUACGAGAAGUGUUCUUGGCAACCUGCAGCAUCUUCACUGGCUAGAUCUAUCCCAUAACCAAAUCAUCGACUUAGACUAUGAUACCUUCAGAAAUACCAGAAAAUUGCAGUAUAUCGAUAUGUCUCACAACAGAGUGGCUGAUUUGCCAACGGAACUCUUCAAGUACAUCACAGAGUUGAGAGUUGUAGAUUUAUCAAAUAACUACAUUCGUUCCCUCCCUGAGAAUCUCUUCUUCGACGAUGGCCUGGAAAAAUUGGAUUUGUCCUACAAUUGGCUCAUCAAAGUCCCCGUAAAUGCCAUGAGCAACGUUGCUGCUCUUACUCUUUGCUAUCUGGACUUAUCUCACAAUCAAAUAGCCACUAUUCAUAAUGUCGAUCUCUCAACGAAAUUCAGAAGCCUAUCUUACUUGGAUCUCUCUGACAAUCAUUUACUGAGACUCGAAGAUGCAGCUUUUGCUACCCUUCCAAGGCUAAGCACUUUAAUCCUGUCCAACAAUGCCGCUCUAGAGGUUACUGGGAAAGUGUUUAUUGGCCUGGAGAACAGUCUGAUGGAUUUGCAGAUUGAUAAUGUCUCCCUGAUGACAUUUCCUGACCUGCCCUUCACUUUUCUCAAACGAUUGAGCAUUUCUCACAAUGAACUGCCUUCUAUCCCUCCAGAUCUUGCCCUCAAUGUCAGUUCCUUGAGGCAUUUGGAUCUAUCCUACAAUGAUCUCUCAGCAGUGCCUUUGAUUACUCAUUCCCUGCCCCAAUUGAAAUCUCUCAAUCUAGCUGGAAAUCCUAUCUCUACUCUCACAAAUACGAGUCUCAUUGGAGCUGCAGAAACUCUGGAGGUACUCAACAUAGCUCAUCUCUUUCUAAACUCAUUUGAGUUGGGCGCCUUGAGUAGAAUGUCUUCCCUCAAGCGCUUGAUAAUCUCUCCUUACCCAGAUGUCAUUAACUUUAAUAUUCCUCUUGUUGUUGAAGAGAUUGAGACCCUUAGGCAAUUGGAGAUAGAAGCUCCUAAAGCAAUUCCUGUGGCUUAUGCAGGAGAUGCAGGAUUUAUGAGACCCAAGGGUCCUGAUCCUCAGACAGAUCUGAGACUCGAAAUGGACGGUAUACUGCCUCCGAAACUUAAGACUGUGGUCUUAAGAGGCAGAGGAUUUAAGCAAGUGGCCAAUAAUAUUCUCAAUGGCAUUCAAUCGCCUCUUUUGCAUCUUGUACUUCAAAACACUUCCAUAACAUCUCUUCCAAAUAACUUUUUCAAGAGCUACGGAAACGUACGAAAUCUCACACUGGAUUUUACCCAAAACAAUGAUAAUUUAAUAAAAAUACCCAAUCCAAGCACAGGAAGAGUGCCCUAUUUGCCUGAUCAAGUUUUUCUAAUGGACUUGAGACUGGGAAAUCAGCAAUUGACCUGUGAUUGUGGCUUGGGAUGGGUAGAGUACUGGUCCAGGAAGAAGAGACAGUACAUGUGUAAUUCAAUCUCUUGGUCCAGUGAUGUCUUUGAGAUCUUCUCCACAUCGCAUCCUCUUGAUCCCAGACCAACCUCAAGGGAAAUUUGCGAAAAUGAAAAUGGUCUGAGAGAAGCAGAAUGUUCCAAUAAGGGCUCACAGAGUCUCAUUGAGGUACUGAAAUCGGAGCUAGAGUGUGGCUGGGAUAGCUCUUCAAAAAUCGACAGUGAAAUGAUAAUAGUGUUUAGUGUAAUGGCAAUUCUACUUGUGUUUUGGUUUUGACUCCUUGCUCAGAUUUUUAAGAUCUCUCGUGAUUUCUACGACGUAAUAGCGCAAGUUUAUGAGCAAUAGUGACUAAAAAUAUACCAAUAUGCUGUCUUUCAA